ACCAAUGGUUGUCAUUUGGGCAGUAUCGACCAUUUUUCUGAAAGAAAAAUAUGUUCUCGCCUCGAAGUGGAUUCGAAUCAAUUUUGGGACUUCGAAAUGAGUUCAUCAAAAUAAAGUUUUACUAGUAUUUCCUGUAUGAAAAGAAUAAUAUUGGUUCUUGGUUAAUUUCGUUACAUUCAUUGUGUACUUUCGCUUAUUUAAAAUGACUGAUCGGACUAUUGCAUCACGCCCAAGUUUGGAACAAGUCGUAGCAAUAGUGGAUUUUAUGGAGAAGCACCCAUCCCUAGCUCUGGGCCAGCUGCGAGGACUGGAAGGCCGGGACCAGAGCAAGAAGCUGUGGCAUAAAUUGACCUCUAUUGUUAAUAGCAUCAACGGUCCCAAUCGGCCAAUGAAGUCUUGGGUUAAGUAUUGGGCGGAUAAGAAAUCAACAGUGAGACAAAAAGUGCAGUCAGGUGGAGGAGAUCCUAAUACCCUAUGUUCCAACAUCGAGAGAAAGAUUUGGGACCUUUUCUUGGUUAAUGAUACACCUAAAACAAGAAGUUCAGUGAAGCAAGAAUCGUUUAUGGAAGAGAGCUUCUUCAAUGAGGACAGUAUGGAUCAGAACCAUGUCGAGUCGGAGCCGGUGCAUGUGUUCGAAGAGCCUAUGAUGGACUUUGAGGAAAGACAGAUGGCUGUUAUGGAGAAAUUAGUAAAAGUAAUGAGCGCCCAGGCGUCUGCGCUGUCGCAGUUGGCGCUCGCAUCUAACGCCAGCUCGCAAGCGAUGGAACGACUCGCCGAAGCCUCGCACCUUCAGGCGCAAGCAAUCGAUCGACUAGCAACUACGUUCGAGUCCAUAGGUGCUGCAACACACGAGGUUCGUAGCGCAGUAGUCGAUAUCGAUUCCACGAUGAAACGGUUCUACACCACUUCACCUGCGUAGCAUAGGUAUUUAACAGUGCGAUUAUAAUAUCACGAAUUUCGUCAAAUGAACUUUCGACCGGAACGUACCGGAUAUGACCAGUUUAAACUAAAUUUUACUGGAACUUGCCGAAUAAUACGACAGACAGUAUAAAAAUGAGAUAGAUGUGAAAUGAGAGAACAUUGCUUCGCAUAGAUGUCUUACAUUUAGUAUAAAGACUCUUAAAAACAAUGUCCAUGUUACCGGUAUAAACUGGAUUUGACCGGAUCAUAAGAAGACAAAUUGUGAUUAUAUUUUAUAUUUUUUUAAAAGAAAUUGAAGGAUUCUAUAAAAGUCAGUAUUAAGUGUUUACUCAGACAGAGUAUGCAGUAACUACUAAUGCUUCUCUAUGGAAAGUGACCUCGAAAGGACUGCGAUAUUUUUAAGGGGUUGAGUAGAGAGGACCUUUUUGGAAGUAUUAAAAUUAAAAUCAGCUGCCAACUCCAUUAUACUGCUCCAUCCAUCGCUUGUCGAAGAGGCGGCAGUUGACACUGCGUAAACAGUGAGUCGUUUGCCCCUUCUCCGGCGAGACGAAGUAGUCUAUCGAAGGCGUCAGUCGACCCCGUGUAAACGCGCCAUUAACUUCAAUACAUUAAUGAUUUCUGACUGUUGGCGUUUGUACUUUGUUAUUUAUAAGUUAAGCUGGUGAUAUAUCUGUGGCUCUAGUGAAAAGGGGUACGAGUAAAACAUCCCAAGUUGUUAAGACCUGUUGUUAAGGAUUUGUUUCACAGAAAUAUAUCUAGAUAGACGCCGCAAGUACAGCAAUUUGUAUGAAAACCGAGCGUGCGACAUUUUAUGUAUCCACCAUGACGUCACAAGAACUAUUUAGUGAUGGGAAACC